AUGUACAAAGUAGUUUUCUUAGGAAACUCAAACGUUGGAAAAACAUCAUUACUCACUCGUAUUAUUCAAGGGGAAUUUAAUAAAUACACAGUUUCCACUGCAGGUGCUGCAAUGCAAAAUUAUCAUUAUGAAAUUGAAGGGAAAUCUUUGGAUUUUCAAAUAUGGGAUACAGCCGGCCAAGAAGCCUAUAAAUCUUUAGCAGCUAAUUAUUUACGCGAUGCCACAUUUGCAAUAGUUGUUUAUAGUAUUAUUGAUAGAACCUCAUUCGAUGAGUUGGAAUCGUGGAUUAAAAUGAUUCAUGAUUCAGAUCCAAACAUUCAAUAUUUACUUGUUGGAAAUAAAACUGACCUUGAAAAAGAACGUCAAGUUACCAUGAACGAAGCCUUAAAUAAGUGCGAGAAAUUACAUGCAAUUUCUGUAAUUGAAGUUAGCGCUCUUACAGGUUAUUCAAUCCCAAAUAUUUUUGAAACAAUUGCAGAGCAAGAAUUACAGCCAAUUAAUCAAACCAGUGGAUCUAUUACUAUAAAGGCAGAGAAAAGCGAAGACCCAUGGAAGAAAAAUAAAAAUUGUUGCUGA